UGAAGUCCCGGGUUGCGUCUUCCAAUUGGAUCGUACGAGGGGCGGGGCUUCAGUGUUUACUGCCUUGUUCACCGUUAGUCGAUGGGAUUGUUGUUGACAAGAUGGAGUUCUUGCUGGGAAAUCCAUACGGUACUCCGGUGGGACAGUGCAUUGAAAAAGCCACAGAUGGCUCCUUACAGAGUGAAGACUGGACUUUAAAUAUGGAAAUAUGUGACAUCAUCAAUGAAACAGAAGAUGGGCCUAAGGAUGCCAUAAGGGCUGUCAAAAAGAGACUUAAUGGGAAUAAGAAUUAUAGAGAAGUGAUGCUGACUUUGACAGUUCUUGAGACAUGUGUGAAGAACUGUGGUUAUCGCUUCCAUGCUCUCGUCACAACCCGGGAUUUUAUUGAUGGAGUUCUGGUUAAGGUCAUUUCUCCUAAAAACAACCCACCUGCCAUCGUACAGGACAAAGUACUUGCCCUUAUACAGGCUUGGGCUGAUGCUUUCAGGAGUAGUCCGGAUUUGACAGGCGUGGUCCAUGUUUAUGAGGAAAUGAAGAGAAAAGGCAUAGAGUUCCCAAGGUCAGACCUGGAGACCUUAUCACCUAUCCACACACCACAGCAGUUGCAGAGUACAUCAGAGGGGGAUCCCAAACCCAGUGCUCCGGCUCAGCCAAAACCUGUCCAUGCCUACUCUGCUCCUCCUGUCCACAGCUCACCUCAGGUUCCUAACCUGCACAUGUCUGGACCCAUCAACCCCACCCCAGAACAGAUUUCUAGGUUGCGCAGUGAGCUGGAUAUUGUGCGUGGAAACACCAAGGUGAUGUCUGAGAUGUUAACAGAAAUGGUGCCUGGUCAGGAGGAUCCAUCUGACCAUGAGCUUCUGCAGGAGCUGAACAGAACCUGCAGGGCCAUGCAGCAGAGGAUAGUAGAGCUCAUUUCCCGUGUGUCUAACGAGGAGGUCACAGAGGAACUGCUCCAUGUCAAUGACGACCUCAACAACAUUUUUUUGCGAUAUGAGAGGUAUGAGAGGUACCGGUCUGGUCGAACUGUUCAUGGUGUCAAUAAUGGAGUCCUGAGUGAGGCCACAGACGACAACCUGAUUGACCUUGGGCCAGGUUCUCCUGCAGUGGUGAGCCCCAGGAUCAGUGGCACUCCUCCCUCCAGCCUGCCAGCCUCAGUUGCCCCUGCUCGCUCUGCUUCACCUGCUACUCUCUCCUCUCGACUGGCAGGCUUGGAUGUAGGAGCUGACAGUGUCAGUGGCACUCUGAGUUCUCUAAGUCGCUGUCAGCCACUAUCAGAUGACUUUGACAUGUUUGCCCAGACCAGGAGCGGCACCCUGGCUGACCAAAGGAAGAAUCCACCAUUUGAAGACACACAGGCUGCAAGUGGAGCGGCUCCUACGCUUGAGCUUAGACAACAGAACUCUGCCGGGUUCGCUCUUGCUCAGUCCUCUGUCAUGGAUGACAUUGAGGAGUGGCUCUGUACUGAUGUGAAAGGAGAUGAUGGAGAUGAAGGUGUGACGAGUGAAGAAUUUGAUAAGUUUUUGGAGGAGAGGGCUAAAGCUGCAGAAAUGGUCCCCACACUUCCAGUGGGCCCGAGUGCGGAUCCGGCCAGUGCAGCCGGCUCUUCUGUAAAUGCUGGGAAUAAGCCUGAUCGAGCUGAAAACUCUCUGUUUGUCUUGUAAAAGGAUUUUGGGACUAUUGGUUAUGUGUUCAGCCUCCUGUGUGUGGUAAGUCGGUGGUCCUGCAGACUCAGCAGCCCCCUGUCUUUCCUCUGCUUCCCGCAUUACUACACAAUCAACACUACGGCGGCUGCCUCCUAUGCAGUUUGUUUUCGCAGACUGAUUUUGUGAACGGAUUCUAAAGACAGACAUUUUCAUGAACUUCAGACAUUCAUUUCUUUCAACAACAAAAAAAAAAUUACAGUUCAACUGUAGGAGGUCAUUGAUAUUCAUGAAUCACAUGGCAGAAACUAGCAAACAAAAAAACACAUUCUUUGUGUUCAUAACAAGGAGAUAAGUUUAGCACUUACUUCAAAUGUGAGAAAUUGAUUUUCUGGGGAAUUCUGUUUGGGCCUAGAUUGUUUUAUUUGCAAAUACACAGCAGUUUUGUUCCGCUAGCUACCGCUAAUGUGUCUCAGAAAUCUCCGGUCAGAAGCAGGUGCUGCUUAUACAGAAACAUGUGAUCUGAUCUUCACUAAUUUUAGCUGCGUACAUUUCUUACGAUAAAAUAUGCACCUGGACACCUCAGGAGCACAUAAACUUUAUGAUUAAGGGAAAUGAAUCCAUUUUACUUAUUUCUUUCUUCCUAGAAAAAGUUUCACUCUAAUAACAGUAAAUUUAGCAGAUUUAUCUAUUAUAUUAUCUAUCGUGUCUAUUAAAUGAAAAUGAACAGAGGAAGUUAGGUUUUUGUAGAAUGUGUGAAUUGCAGUACAUGAACUUGAGACUGGUUUGUUUGAUUUCGGUUACACGAGCUCUGUUUUUUUUGGUCUACCUCGCAAAGCAGUGAGAAAGGGAAAAGGAUGCCGAAGCAAAAGAGCUCUUAACUGUAGUGACUGAUGAAGUAAGUUGUGCUGCUCAGGAUAAGAUGUAUCAUUAAUUUUAAAAAAACUGUUUGAGAAAUCACAAAGGGAUAGAGUGUUAAUAUGUAUAUUUAGUGUCAUUUGCACUGAAGCAGUCUUUUUGGCUGCGUAGAUGGAGCUUUUAUUCAAAUGCAAAUCUUUGCUGUCGCUCAUCGAAAUGCUGCCUGUUAUAUGAAACAUAUUCCAAGUAAAUAGAGUUCACAGCUGAUGGUGACUGCAAGGCAGGUUAAAUUGGAUUUUUCUCUACUGUAGAAGCGAUGUCAAGCUCAGUGCUGUUACUAGGAAAUGAAACGGAUCUGCCUUAAUGAACAGAAGUCAGACGUAGCUAACAUGAACCUGUUUGGUCAAAUUUUAAAUUCUAUAAGUUGAAUAUUCUGUUUGAUACAUUUGUGUUUUCAUGUGGUGUAACUCACAGAGCUGUGCUGCUUAAAUGGACCAAACUGCAUAUAUCUGAUUAUAGGUGUCCUAAAGAAUAGCCUGUGUCAGGGUUUCCUGCAUGGGGAAUUGGCUAUUUCUCUCAAAUUUCAUGAUGCUUCUCAUACAUCAAGAAGAAAUUAGGCCUGCAAAACCCAGAUUUAAACAUCACUGCUAUUAGUUGUCUCCAACAAAUACAUAAAAUUUGUCCACUCACCCGUCACCUCAUAUAAAAAUGCCACAUGGCCAAUGAAAAUGUAAAUCUGCAAUGAUUGACAGGUUGCAGAGGUGUUUUGAACUCUCCAGCCCUGGAAGCCCUACCAACUUCCUGUCUCAUGUUGGUCUCUCGUCUUCAGCUUUCCAUGUGACGUGUGCUGACGCGGCACUGUCUUGUCACUCUAAAUGGGGAAUUUUGUGUUCACUGAGUGAAACAAACUAAAUCCUAAAUCCAAACUAAACAAAAAUAGUUAGACACAGCACUUCCCCAGGUUAGAGAGAGAAGAAAACCCAAACCACACCAAAUAAAUCUAAACAGGUCAUUUGUCUGCAUUUCUUUCAAUCCUUGCUUUUCUGUCAUUCAACAAAUUAAAAUAUCUAACUAUUACUAGCUAAAGCAUUUUAUCUAUGUAGCAAGCAGGAAGUCUAACCCAGGUUCAAGUAGUUGUAUCAUUCCUAUGAACACCAAUUUCAGUAAAAGUUGGUAAAAUUCAUAAAAUAAAAAAACAAAACAAACAAAUGUAAAACAACAAAAAGGGUGAUAUAGUAUAGCUCACAUUAUUAAAAGUCUUGGCUAUACAUUUAUGCCAUGUAUACUUGCUAACCUGUUUAAGGCAUGAUCACUAGACACCUAGAUAAAGAUGAUAAACUUUGCAUCACAUGAGUAACUAGUAAGCUACAGCACUUUAAAUGUUAUAUUUCACUGCUUUCAGUAGUAAACCUACCCCUAUGUUACAGGGAUGACUUUCGUUUGUUUGUGAAGGACAGAACAGCAAUGGUUUGAGGAAAUUAAGACAUAAACGUUUCCUAAAUUAAAUCCUGUUAAUUCCUGAAUUUACAUCCCAUCCAUUAUUGAAAUGACACUGUAGGCUGUUGGUGCAGGUUCGUUCCUAAAAAGUAAUUUUGUCCUCCACAUUUACCUGCUUUGUCAUCUCACCUCAUUUUGAGUCAGGAGUAAUCAUGGUAAUGUUUGUCUAGUCUGCAUAUUAGUUCUGUAUUUGUUGAGUGCUGAGUGAAUAGACCACAGAGAUUUACCUUUCGUCCCAAUCCCAACUGCAUCCACUUACAUUUACGGCAUCUGGCAGACGCCCUUAUCCAGAUCUUAAUGAUACAACUGACAAUUGAGGGUUAAUGGCUUUGAUUAACUCUGCUAAAUGGUCCUGGGAUUUGAACUCACAACCUUCCAAUUAGUAAUCCUUAAGCACUUCCCUCGAUACAUUCUGCAAAAACACUAAUAUAAUAAAUUGUGUUCUUCUCUAAAUUCUGCCCUCAUGAAAGCAGAUGACCCCUGAACAGUCUGGGUGUCCUGGACACACAAGAGGUUCCCCUGGACACAUCAUCUGGAGCUUUAUAUAAUGGUGGUUGAACAGUAAAUGCUGGUAGUUUAAACUGAAUGUGCUUUAAGCGAUGUUAGAUGGGAAAGGCUAAGACAAGGCUGAGUGAUUUGUUCAAAAUGUUUUCUCUUUGUUUAGCAUGACACUGGUCAGUUUUGGUACGUCUGUUGUGUUUUUUUUUUUAGUUACUGGGUGAGAAUAAUGAAAAGUCAGUGGCAAAUGAUGAGUAGUGUGUAGGUGUGAGAAAUUCUUGGAAUGAAAUAUAGAUUCAUUUUAUGAGGGAUUUUAUUUUAUUGAAUCAUUUUUAGUAUUUGAGUUAUUUUUGGCGCAAUUUUAUGUUCAGUGAAAAACAUAACCGCUUCUUUUUCCCACUAUCACACAAACCACCACUAAUUAGCAACAGCAUGAAUUCUUAGAUAAAGGACUUGCAGGUACCUAAUGAAUUCUUCAUUUCUUCACUCACUUUAUUUCCUAACUGAUUCUAAAAGCUUGGUGUACGAUGAAAUCUUUGAUGAACACGAAUAACACUAAUUCAGUUUGUUAAAUCAAAUAUGUGCAAUUUUUGUGUAUGGAUAUUUUUAUGGGUAGUAUAACACUCGUCAGCUUCUGCACUACAUCAUUUGUUUGCAUUUCAGCGUGAUUGGGAGUGUAACCUACCCUUUGUGGAGAAUGUAGGAACGAGUGAUUUUAUUUUUCUCUGAUAAUGGCAGUAUUGGAGUGGUAAAACCAAGCGCAAUGAUGAACUUCACAACUUUUGACUGUUUGUGUGAUUUUUAAAGCUCGUAUUGAUAGAAACCUGAGUGUGUUUGUUUUGCUUUCUGUGAGCUGUUUAGAACCUUUCGCACCUCAUGGUUCAAUGACUAUCAGUUUAAAGAUAAAUACAAAUCAUUGGCUUCACUGCGAUUGAAAACAUGUAAGAGAGUUUGCUUAAAUGAUCACACUCGGUGGUUUUCUCAGUUUUUUUUUGUAACGUGGGAAGGAAUUUCUUCAAAAUCUCUGCAUCCGAAAAUUUGUUUCAUUUUCAUAUACAUGUAUGAGUAGUGCUUUUUUUUGUCUGGUUAUGUAUUUGAAGUGUUAUGUGUCUGUGUGAGCAAACUCCCAUUCCUGCCGCAGGAAACUUUCGUUUCGGAGAGGAAGAAGAACAGGCGAAGAGAUUUCGAGUGUGUUUGUAUUGAAGCGUGUGUGAAGCACGGCUAAACCGUACACUGCUGUGUACUGAUGUGCUGGUCUGUGUGUUACUUGUCGUUAUACCUCAAGUUGCACUCUGUGCUCUUUGUUUCAUGCAUGUGCUAAUCUCCAAUAAAACAUACCAAGGUGGUGACCUUUCAUCCAA